AAAUGCAUGAUUAAAAUCUAGUUAUUAAUCCAUGUGAAGAGAGCCGUCGUUAAAACUGGGUGAGGCCCGUCAGCUGCUGCGGGGAGGACCCGGUGAUGUCAAAGCUGAUGUAAAAAUGAAACGGGGAAGCCUGCAGAUCUCUGCCGCCUUCUGGAGCGGUAAAUCAGGGAGGGGGAACAACAAACCCGUCCGCUUCUAAUUAGAGUAGCAGGCGGUGCGUUUAGGGCCAGUUUGUCCACUGGAAACGCUCCGUCGCUGCUGCAGCAGCUCCUGGUCCGCGGAUCUUGCAGCCUGUGCAUCACAGAUCUCUCCGUCACACCGAGGUUUCCCCCCUCUGCUGCAUGCGUAACAUCUCUCCGGGUCCAGCCGUGGAGCGCACCGACACCUGACCGCUCGGAUCGCAUCAGAACCCGCUCGGAUUUUCCUCCUUCAGAUCAAAAGCGAGGCUGGGAUUUCCUCCUAUCGUUUCAUUUUUUUAUUAUUAUUCCUACACAUCCUCCUCCUCCUCCUCUUCUUCUUCUUCUUCUCCUUCUUUUGUGUGUGUGUGUUGGGUGGAGUCAACUCGGAAUUCUCCAAAUUGGAAAAGCAUUGGCACGUCUCAGGCACACCAUGAAGGACAGCAUCGCCAACAACAGCACAGCCAGCAUCUCCCAGGCCAGGAAAGCAGUGGAGCAGCUGAAGAUGGAGGCCUGCAUGGACAGGAUAAAGGUCUCCAAAGCAGCUGCAGACCUGAUGGCGUACUGCGACGCCCACACACGCGAGGACCCCCUCAUCGUUCCCGUCCCCGCCUCCGAGAACCCGUUCCGGGAGAAGAAGUUCUUCUGCAACAUCCUCUGAUGAGCCACCGCCGCCGCCGCAGCAGCCGCUACGAGUGCAGGCUUGGCGUUGCCUGGCUUCUCUGUCUUCACCACACCUGAAGCUAUUGGCCAUCAAAGGCGUUGAGUUGAGUUUUGCCUGGUGGACACUCUGUUGUUGCUGGUCAGCUCUGUCUUAGUGGCUGAGGGUUUUGGGGGAGUCAGCCACCGAACUGGCAACCCAGUGAGCGUUACCAUGUCUUGUUAAAUAGGUUUGUUAUUGCUUUGUUGUUAGAGAACAGCCUUGCUCAGUGCUUAAUGAGAUGAAAGAUGUGUUUUUUCUUUUUCUUUUUGAAUUUUCUUGUGCUAGAUCGUAACUUGCCUCAGGAAACAGAAAAUUUGCCCAGUGUUGAAACUUCUACAUCAUGUUUUCCCCUUUUACUUUAUCCAGAGCAAAGUUUUCAAAGUUUUUAAUUAAUUUUCCAAAGAGUGGUGCAGUUUGAUUUUAUAGCAACAUUGAAAUUUAAUUUGAUAGGAGUCUCAGAAAAUUAACUUUCUUUUUUGGAGCCUCAAGCUGGAAAAAAGCAACUUCAAAUUUCAUUUAAAAUCUAGAUUUGACUUGGACUCAUGGACCGGGACUCAAGUCUGAUUGGGAUUCUUUAUAAUCAGAGGUUACAACAAUCUGAUAUGACUGCAGCUCUGACACAUAACACAUCGUAUUUGCAUAAUAUUCCUAUGAAAACAUUAGCUUGAUUUAUUAGCUUUGGCAGACCUUCACUCUAGCCACUUCCUGCUUAUCAAAAUAAAAGCAUUUCCAUUAUUUUCAUUCAAAAAUGUCAAAAUACUUUCUUAUCUACUCUUUCCACAGUGCCCCAGGCAUAAUGUUGUAAUUUAUACCUUACUUUGGAGCAUAUUUACCUGUUAUGCUUUACAAAACGGUUUUAAAUAAUUCAAAUUGAGGUGGAGAAAAACUUGUAAUACCCCAAAUAGUUCAGUAUAGAGUUAAGGAGUUCAUGGGAUUGACGAAAUAAAAGCAUAUGGUUUUAUUCAUUCACAAAUUUAAACAUUUUAAAGACGAGAGACCUGACGAACACUCUUCCUGUGACGAUGUGAGACCUCAUGUAGACAAAUUCUAAAAACUUGACUUAAACUCAAACCAAAUCUGUUAGACUUGGUUUGAUUGGGAAGCAAAAACCCAACAUUUGUUGCAUUUUUGUUGACAUUGUAUAACUAAGUUCAUCGCCAUAAUAAUGACCACACAGGUGUCUCUCCAGCUGAAUAAAUAUCAUAUUAAACAUCAUGUACUUGAUGAAAAAAUGACUUUCGUUAUGAAUUGAGAGAAACGACAUCUGCACUUCAACCGUCAGGAUUCGCCGAAAGCACAAAGAAACAGCUUCCUGUAAUAAAUCACUUAAUUUGCACUGACAAUAAGAGAGAGAAGGCUGCAGAUCAAUUCUGUUGCAAGUAAUUAGAUUGAAUCUAUUUAUUAAAGGGCGCAAUGACAACAAUCAGGUGACUUUUUCAAGAUUAUCACAACAAGCAAAUUAUUCAUUUGCUUUGGUGUUUUCUUUGAUUUGCUCCCAGUUUAUUUUAUCCCCUACAAAUAAGAGACAUUAUGAGGUGGUGUAGCUCCCGACUGGAGUAUUAUCUUUCAAUUUGCAGGAGGAGUUUUCCUCCCUGUUUAUUUUCUGGGCCUGUUUCCUGAGACUGGUUACUUUUGUUUAUUAUCUUUUUUUGCCUGUCCAAUAGAGUGAAUGGCACGGCCUUUGACAUUAAUGCCGGACCAGAGGCCUGCAUGUUUCUCCGCUCCUCCUCUUUUUGACAGCUGCCUCUCUUUCCGAGGGACUGUCGGUCUUUUAGAGUGUACAGUAUGUUAACAGUGCCAAUUUCUGUGAGAGCAGCGUGAUUCUCACCCUGCAGGCCCUGCAGCCCUUUCUUUCCCUUUUGUUCAUUUCGGCGGAGAAAGCACACUGUCGAAACGUUUCCUUUACAUGGUAGUUGAAUAGCAUUUGCGAAUUUUUACAAUAACUUGUUAUGAUCGUUAAUAUUAUUGUUAUUAUCAGUAGUAAUAUUGAAUAUUUGUUGCACAGCACUGACAGGUACAUGACGUGUAGUGCUACUAUAAGCUUGUAUGAAGAAACAAUUGUUUAUAAAUCAUUGCAAUUAUUGAUACUAUCUCUGUAUUUUUUAAGAACAACAAUAAGGGUUGUUUACACGAUAUGAUCCCUUUAGUGGUUCAGGCCUUUUUUUUUUGCCUCAUUUCUGUAAAAUUGAGAGAAAUUUCCUCCCUCCUGUUACUUGAAUUUUACCUUCAACAUACGAAUCACACCCCUGAUACAGGUUGUGUUUGCGGUUUUAUUUCAUGUGAAGAUGGUGCCAAAUCUACAACAAAGAUUAAAACAUCUAAAGAUGAAAAAUGCAUGGAUUUGUUUCUGUCUACAACAGGGAGGACUGUUAUAAUAUGAAAUGUCGCACCGUUAUUGACUUUUAUUGGUGUUUCGGCGCCAGAUGUAAUUAUUGGCACCCCUGGUAAAAGAUAAUGUAGAAAGCAUUAAAAUCCAAUUAAUUUUUCAAAACAGAAGAUUUAUCUCACACUGAAUAUUUGGGAAAAUUUCAACCUUUAAUUUUAGUGCAGAAGAAAACCUUAUUCUAAGAAGUAAUUGUGUUUUUAUUCACAUAAUACAGAUUGUUCAGAUUAUGCUGCAGGACUAUUAUUGGAUGUAGGAUAAAUGGCCAUAAAGAUCAAAUGUUUUGAAUCACUACUCCAUAUAAUGAAACAUUUUUUUUGUUUUAGCUUUUUCUAUAGCAAGACAUAGAAGCUUGUUUUAAGUUAAUAAUUCCUUAAUAUUGAUUUAAAAACUACUAGUUCUAUUGGAAGAUAAAUUCACUUAUAACAAUGUUAUAUUAUGAAUUAAAUAAUUUGUCGAUGGAACUAGUACUUUUUCAUCAAUAUUAAGAAGUUAUUGACUUAAAACAAGCUCAUAUUUCUUCCUGAAAGGUUAUUUGUAAGUUAGUUUUGUCUUAUUUCAAGUGUAUUAAGAUAUUUUGUGUUUUUGUUUCUUGGCUACAUGAAGCCAAGAAGCUUCUUCAUAUGGUAUGCCUGGAAAAAUACAAAUAAAACCAAUAAAUAAAAAUAGCAAACCACUUGCAGUUUUAAUGCAGAUUUUUUUAAAAACAUUUCUUGAUAUUUUGAGGAGCCGAUAAUGCUUUGCACUCAGAAGAAAAGCAGGGACGAUUGUAAAGAAAUAGACCCACAGCAUUACAGAACCUCUACCAUACUUAACAUUAGGUAUAAAGUUGUUUAUUUAUAUUAUUGUUCUUUUAUAUAGACAACAUUUUAAAACAUCUUGGCCUAAUCUGACCAAAUCACAUGACUCCAGUUAAAUUUGCAGAAGCAUUUUGAAAAUUUCACGUUUACAUUUGAUAUGAUAGGAAAGAAGACAUUUUUUAACAACACGGCAUGUGGAUAACCUCUUCUUAUUCUUACAAAGACUUGCAUAUUCCAAGAUGCCACCAUUUUCUACACAUUUACCUCACUUAAUUGCCAUGUUUUCUUGUUUUUACCAUUUUGAAGAGUGGUUGGCAAAGAGAAAUUUGCUUUAUUUUGUCAUAUGAUAUCACAUUCUUGAAAAAUUGGAUGAACUUUAAGAAGGAAAGUACAUUUGUUAUUUGGGAAUUAUGCACUGUACAAGCAAUUUUCUUUUAAGGAACUAAAAUCAAAAGGUUGGAUUUUUCUAAAUUUUUUAGUGGGAUUAAAAAAAUGCUGCAAUACAGGAUGAAUUUAUUUUAAGAAUAUUUAAGCAUCCUUACCAACGGUGCCAAUAAAUGCGACUGGCCCUGUACUCUGCACAGUAUGAUGACGUUGGAGCCUGGAUGUGCCAAUAAAACGAGCAGCUGUAUGAAUGAUAAUGUGGAGGAAAAGCAUUUAAAUAGAAGGCUUUGUAAACCCUUUGAAGAAUCAAAUGAAUUAAAGGAAAACGGUAACCCA